AUCCUGGCCAGCCGCCAGCGCCCAGCGGCCUGCUUUUGUUCUCCAGCCCAGUUACCCCCGCAGCCCCGUGCCCCCGUAUACUCGAUUUCUAUUUCUCUCAAUCGGUUCUCUCGUUCUCCUACCUCCCUUGCGCUCUGCGACUCUCUUCUUGUCUCUGGUGGCGACGAGCUGACGAUUGGGCGGCCGCCGCCGCCGACCUACGCCAGGUGCCCGAGUCUCCACCUUUGGACCUUCACCGGCGACGAACACCCACCAGAUCCAUCAUUCGGGACUUGAUCUCUUCUUGUACGACCACAAAUUCAAUGAAACAUAGUUGACUUGGACAGCCAGAACUUUGGAAAUGGCAAGAUCACCAAAAGGUAGGAACCUCCAAGCUCGUCAACGUAGGUCAGCUUCUUCAGAUGUGCCCUUGAGCUCCUGUGAGACGAAAGGAACAAGCAAAGGAAAUGAUGUGUCAGUGACAUCUGAGAAGAAUGAAUGGAAAGGAGCAACUUGCCCAGUUUGCUUGGAGCAUCCACAUGAUGCUGUUCUCCUCCUGUGUACCUCUCACCACAAGGGCUGCCGGCCAUAUAUGUGUGGUACCAACUACCGUCAUUCCAACUGCCUUGAACACUUUAAAGGAGCUUAUGCAAAGGAAAAAAUGGCUCUUGGUGUUUCAGCUGAGUCUGCAUCUGGCCUUCCAUUAUCCUCAAACACACUGCCAUCAAGCAACCAGCCAUGUGUAAUGGAACUUGCCUGCCCUCUGUGCCGUGGAGAGGUUAAAGGAUGGACUGUGGUUGAGCCUGCUCGUCAGUAUCUGAACCGGAAAAGGAGAAAUUGCAUGCAUGAUGGGUGCUCAUUCCAUGGCUCGUAUAAGGAGCUUUGCAAGCAUGUGAAAUCGAAGCACCCUACAGCAAAACCUCGUGAAGUUGAUCCUGCUACUGCAGAUGAGUGGAAAAGGUUUGAAUGUGAGAGAGAGCGGCAGGAUGCCAUCAGCACUAUCAGGUCCAUGAACCCAGGAUCUGUGAUCAUGGGGGAUUAUGUCCUUGAGUUGAAUGGUGGUGGCAACAACCAUUUGCUCUCAGAUGGAGAUAACUUUGACUUAGGGGAAAGGCUCAACUUCUUCACAUCCUUAGAUCGUACUUUGAAUGAGAGAAUUGACCUGUACGACUCGUCAGAUGGUUUGGAUGAGGGGUUUGACUUCUUGGCAUCCCUGUUUACCCAUGGCAGGAGAAUCUCUACUGGAGGCUCAUUGAGCAGGGCUUAUAGAAGACACAGGGACAGGCCUAGACGUUCAACGAAUUCUGCUGAUGCUUCUGACAUUCAGCAUGAGUCAGCUAGCACUCAAAGGGGACAGCGUGCUGUUCGGGCUACAGGCAGGACUUCACGGCGCCACCACCACCUACGCGAGGCAGCUGAGAGAUGAAAUCAUUUUUAGAGGCGGGGUGCUUUUUCAUGCUAUCCAUGUGCAGGGGACGCAAAAUAACACACCAUGGUAUGUUGCUGCUCUAGUGGUCGGAGGUCCGUCAGAUUCUUCCUUUUUUUUGUCCCAUUGUUGAGACAGCAACCGAGGAUAUAAGAUUGGAUGGAGAUGAGGUCUCUGUUUGGCUUGUGCUGAUGCCUGCAUGAUGUGCUCUGCGAUGUGCAUCCAGUUUUGGGAUCAAGCAGCUCCACUUUUCCGGUGCUGCCUUUGCAUGGAUUUUGUGAAUGCCCUUGCCUUGAGUUUCCUUUCCCUUUCUGUUGAUCAAAGGAAACUUCAAACAGAUUGUUUUGGCCGCAAUUGCUAUUCGAAACUUAGAUGUCAGUCUCAUGAACAGCGUACACAUUACUGCUUAUGUUCUGGUCUUGUAGUUUUGUAUCCAUGCACUGUGGCUUUUGGAUGGCUUGGUUAUUCACUUGGUAGUAAUGAAACUGUCAGCUGUGUCUGUGUCAGCUAUUGCUUAUGGAACUGAUACCUGUAGUUCUAUUCAUGUGCUUAAAAUGUGUCACAUUUGUUUGGCAGUAUAAAAAUCGAUCGUAUAUUCAGGCUGGCACUA